AUGCAGCGUAGCAGCAACGUGCCAAAGAAGGACGAGCAUAUGAGCAACGUUAGUAACACAUCCACAGGCGGUGUGAAGCUACCCAAAAUGGCGCUACCAGAAUUUCAAGCACCCGGAAGUACCCGCAUUCUUUCGGACGAGGUGAGGGCCCGUGGCUUCGGAAUAGUAGCACUUCAGGAGACGCGCUGGAAAGGAGUGACGGAGCGCCCCUAUCGUAGCGAUUGCACGAUCUACCAAAGCGGUGGUGAAAAGCAUGAACUCGGUACGGCGUUCCUGGUCAUAGGUGAGAUGCGAAAGCGAGUGAUCGGGUGGUGGCCGAUCAAUGAACGGAUGUGCAGGUUGAGGAUUCGUGGCAGGUUCUUCAACCUGAGCAUCAUAAAUGUGCAUAGUCCGCACCUUGGAAGCACCGAUGACGAUAAAGACAAUUAUUAUACGCAGUUGGAGAGGGAGUACGACCGCUGUCCACAACACGACGUUAAAAUUGUCAUCGGGGAUUUUAAUGCUCAGGUCGGACGGGAGGAGGCAUUUAAACCGACGAUAGGAAGUUUCAGUGCCCACCGGCUGACCAACGACAACGGGCUUCGGCUCGUAAACUUCGCCUCCUCCAAGCACAUGAACAUUCGCAGCACCUUCUUCCAGCACGCACCUCGCUUCAGUUACACCUGGAGAUCACCGCAGCAAACACUUUCCCAGAUCGACCACGUUCUCAUCGAUGGAAGGCACUUCUCGGACAUAAUCGACGUAAGGACCUAUAGAGGAGCAAACGUCGACUCAGACCAUUUUUUGGUUAUGGUUAAGUUACGCCAGAAACUGUGCGUGGCCAACAAACUGCGCUAUCAGCCCACCCCAAGGCUCAACACAGACCGGCUGAAACAAGCUGUUGUGGCGAGGGACUUCGCAAUCGCGCUUGGGGAAGCGCUGCCGGAGGACACCACUACCGAGGCGAUGUCUCUCAAUGACCACUGGCGCAUGGUGGAGCAAGCCAUCAGCAGCACGGCCGAGCGAACAAUUGGCCGCGUGACCCAUAACCAGAGGAAGGAAUGGUUUGAUGAUGAGUGCAGGCGAGCACUCUCCGAGAAGAACGCCGCGCGGACCCGCAUGCUCCAGCGCGAGACCCGGCAGAACGUGGAAGACUACAGACGACUGAGAAGGCAGCAGACCCUACUCUUCCAGGACAAGAGGCGCGGCUUCGAAGAGUCGGACGAGCAACUCAUGCAGCAGCUAUCCCAGUCGGGGGAAACUCGUAAGUUCUACAGGAUGCUGAAUGCGGCACGGAGCGGUUUUACUCCCAUGACCGCUAUAUGCCGCAGUGAGGAGGGAGAUAUCCUGUCGGACGAGUGA